GCGUCAUAUAAAAGUGAUUUCGUCUCCUAGUACGUUUGCCAACUAACGUUUGCCGUUAAUUCCUCCUUGAACAUGUAUUAUUUCUUUACUUAACUGUACGCUUUCCUUGGCGCCAACAGACAAGAAAAUAUGGAUACCUUUAAGAACAAGGAUGAACUAGAAAAACUAAAGAUUUUUCUUCGGUUUUGUGGCUCCUGUGCAUCCUACGGCUGCCUGAAUGUAAGAACCGAAGGACUUAUUAAUAUUUACACUGAAUGUUUGCAUAUGGCUCAAGUUUAUGAAGACUUUAGUCUUCAGAUUAUGCUAUUUAUCUGUCUUGGUCUCACGAAUGAAUCCUUGUAUCGUUGGCCUAAGGCCAUAGAAUAUUAUGGAAAGGGUUUAAACAUUGCCGCACAGAUAUUGGACAUGAACAGCGCAGUAGAUCUAUGUAAAAAAUUGGGAAUCUGCUAUCAAUCAUUAAGUAUGUACAAGGAGGCCAUUAAUUAUCAUGAAAAAUCGCUCGACCUCGCUAUAAAACUAAAGAACAUGAAAAGUGCUGCAGAUGCGUACACAAACUUAGGAAUUAUCUUCAAGUCAAUUGGCAAAUACAAAGAGGGCAAGGAGUACCAUGAAAAGUCCCUUAAGAUCGCUAUAGAAAGGAACGACAAGAAGGGCCAAAUAGCUGCAUAUGCAAAUCUAGGAGAUGCCAACCAAUCGCUUGAAGACACUGAAGCAGCAAUUAAAUGCCAUGAAGAAUGCCUGAACAUUGCACUUGAGAUAGGUGACAAGGAAGGUCAAGCAAGCGCAUACGGAAACUUGGGAAUUGCCUAUCGAUCGCAAGGCCGAUACCAAGAAGCUAUCAAAUAUCUGGAAAAAGCGCUAAACAUCGCCGUAGAAACAGGAGAAAAGAAAAACCAGGGGAUUUUGUGUGGAAAUCUAGGAAAUGUUUAUCGUUCAUUAAAUGAAUACGAAAAAGCCAUUCAGUUCCACGAAGAAGCACAGGAAAUAGCCAUAGAGGUUGGUGACAAGGAAGGCGAAGCAAUGUCGUAUCAAUACCUGGGGAAUACCUACCAGUCACUGGGUAAUUACAAAGAGGCCAUUAGUAACUUCAAGAAGGCUUUGUGUGUUGCCAAGAAGAUAGGCUAUAAGUACGGUGAGGAAAUUGCUCAAUUCAAUUUGGCAAACUCCUACUGGUUACUAGGUGAUGCGAAAGAAGCUUUGAAGUAUUACGAAGAACAUUUGAGCAAUUCAAAAGACGUAGGCAACAAAAGAGGAGAAGCAACAGCAUGCUUGAACAUAGGAAAUGCCCUUCAAUCAUUAGGCGAGUACGAGAAGGCCAUCGAGAAUUACGAACAUUCUUUGCAUGUUGCAAAAGAGAUAGGAUAUAUGAAAGUUGUAGGAAAGUGCUAUGGAAACUUGUCAGCGGUCUAUCAUUCUACUGGAAAAUAUCAAGAGGCUAUAGAAUACUCUGAAGAGUGUAUUAAAAUAUCCAAAGAAACCAAUGACAAGAAGAGCAAAUCCUCUGCAUAUGGGUGUCUGGCAGCGAUCUCGGUUUCUUCAGGUAGGCCCCAAGAAGCGAUUGGGUAUCGUGAAAAGCAGCUAAGCAUUGCUACAGAAUUAGGUGACAAGUAUGCCGAGGCAAAUGCAUAUCUCGGUUUGGGGAAUGCCUACAGUGCAUUGAGUCAAUUCCAAAAGGCUAUCGAAUACCAGAGCAAAGCCCUUGAAAUUACCAUAAAGAUUGGUGACAGAAAUGGGGAAGCUAGAGCAUACAGCUACUUGGGAAAAGACUUUAGGAGCCUGGGAAAAUACAAGGAAGCCCUCGAAUGUCAUAGCAAAGAACUGAGUAUUUCCAAAGAAACAUGCAACAAAAGAGGGGAAGGAGAGGCAUACGGUUGGCUGGGGCAAAUAUAUCAAUCUUUAGGCAAUUAUAAGAAGGCUAUUUCUUACUUUGAAGCAAGCCUAAACUGCAGUUGCGAGAUUGGCAACAACGAAGGCAAAGGAGCAGCUUACAGAAGAUUGGGACAGAUUUACAUAAUCUUAGGCGACAGCAAGAGAUCUAUGUUCUAUUUAGAAAAGAGCCUUGAGGUUGCUCAAAAGAUAAGGAAGAAAAUCAAUGUCGCUGCUGCACAUCAAAACAUUGGUUAUGUCAACCAGUCGUUAGGCAGAUACGAGAAAGCGAUCGAGGAUUACGAACAAAGUUUAUCGAUUGCCAAAGAGAUUGGUAACAAGCAAACUGAAGGAAGUGCAUAUGGAAAUUUAGGGGACGUAUAUACAUUAUGCGGCAAGCACGAAAAGGCAUUUAUGUAUAUCAAACAACUCCUCGAGAUUGCUGUAGAAACAGGUGACAAGCACAACGAAGGAACAGCUUAUGGGAGCAUGGGAGAUAUCUACCACUCAUUGGGCAACUACGAAGAAGCAAUCAAGCAUCAUGAAAAGAUGCUCCACAUUUCUGAAGAGAUAGGUGACAAGCGCCACGAGGGAAUAGCGAAUACUCACAUUGGUAACGCCUAUCUUGAAUUGGGUUAUUCAUACAAAGAGAAAGGCAACCAGGAGGACUAUUGCCAUUGUAUGAAAGAAUCUAGAAGCUUUCUGGAAAACAGCCUACAGUGCUGGGACUCACUUUAUAAGCACUCUGAAGAACAAGACAAAUCCAAGAUAUCUUUUGUUGAAACUUUCCAUACAACGUAUAAGCUAUUGACGAAAGUAUUGAUCGAGACAAAGCAGGCCGACGAAGCUCUUCUUGUGUCUGAGCGUGGACGAGCUCGAGCUCUCAGCGAUCUCCUGACUUCUAGAUACGAUGUACAGAUGCAUAGUUCCGCAACUAGCAAUUCCUUGCAAUAUUCAGAUUUGCAGACAAUGUUGACUCAUGUUAGCUUUUGCGUCCUGUUUUAUGCACAUCAGAACACCAGCAUAGCUAUCUGGGUUUUGUCGCAACAAAAUCCUUUGCUUCUUGUUGAAAAUGAAAUAAAGGAAAACCAGGAUAAAGAUGGUAGAAAACAAAAGAAAGAACCCAAAGGAGGACAUAUUGCCGAUGUCAUUAAUACAGCUUACGACAAGAUGUUGGUGAGAGAAGGAACAAACUGCGAAGACAGAUCUUUGGAGUCAAUCAAAAUUAUGCAAGUUGACUAUGAUAACACAGAUGGUGCUAAGGCAUCAACUUUGCUCUCGAAUAAAAGGAAUAGUUUCAUUGAAGAAGAGAAUGAAACCAGAUGCAUAGAAGAUCACGAGAAGCAUGAAGAGGAUUUAGGAAAUGUACUUGAGACGUUAUUCGAAAGAUUAAUCACUCCCGUACAACAAUAUCUUGUGCAUGACGAGGUCGUGAUUGUACCUGAUGGAGACCUAAACUUGGUGCCUUAUGCAGCCCUGAAAAACCCAAGCACUGGAAAAUAUCUAUCCGAAACCAAUCGCUUUCGACUUGUCCCAUCACUCAUGACAUUAAAGGCUUUGCAAGAUUGUCAUGCUGAAUACCACAAAAAGACAGGUGCAUUGAUUAUUGGAAAUCCUGAAGUUGGAGAAGUAAUCCUUAGAGGCAGACAAACACAGUUCGGACGUCUACCAGGUGCUGAAGAGGAAGCAAAAGAGAUUAGUAAUCUACUGGGAGUUGAGCCAUUCAUUGGAGCUAAAGCUACCAAGGACGUAAUCAAACAAAGACUUCAAGAGGGCGUGGGUGUCGUCCACUUUGCUGCUCACGGUACAACAGAAGGAGAAAUUGCUCUGGCUCCUCUUAAUGCCGAUGGUAGCAUACCAGAAGAAGAAGGCUACUUAUUAACUAUGAAUGAUGUACAAGAAAGUGGUGCUCGACCACAACUUGUUGUCCUAAGCUGCUGUCACAGUGGUCGUGGUGAAAUCAAGUCAGAGGGCGUUGUUGGGAUGAGUCGAGCCUUUCUUGCGGCAGGAGCUCGUGCUGUUGUUGCCUCACUUUGGGCUAUUGAUGAUAGAGCUACCAAGGUCUUUAUGAAAGCAUUUUACUCGCAUCUAAAAGGUGGAGAAAGUGCCAGUAGCAGCUUGCAGCAAGCAAUGAAAGAAAUGAGGAAUGGGGAAUACAGCGAACCUAGAUACUGGGCUCCUUUUUUUCUUAUUGGUGACAAUGUCACAAUCAGUUUCUAAGAAAAAAAGAAGAACAAGCAAAGACAACAUCGAACAGAGUGACGUUAGACCUUUUUUUAUCACCUAUUCUGAUUCGUGAUGAUAAAUCAUUUAAAGUGCUUAGAAAAUAAUUCAAAGAGAAUGAAAAUUACAAUAAACAAUAUUACAGAAUUUCUUUCUUAUUGGUGAUGAUGUCACCAUCAGCGUAUGAGAAAUGAGAGAGAACCAAGAUUACAGUGAACCA